AUGAUUAUUGAUUUUCUGGGGGGCACAAAUUCAUUUGAUGUAAAAAAUGAUUUAGUUGCUUUUGAAUAAGGAAAUAGUUUAUUAUUGCUUGAUACAACAAAUAACUCAAAAGUUUAAAUGCAUGGUCAUGUAAAUUAGAUUAUGGCAAUCUGUUUUUGUGGAUAGAAUCUUAUUGCAUCUGUAAGUAUGGGAUUUAAGAAUCAUCUAUAAAUAUCAGAAUUUGAUACUUUUAAUCGAACCUUCGAUGACUAUCUUCCUGAUACAGAUAAAAAAACAGUUAAUAUAUUUAUGGAGAAUAUUAAUAAUUAAUUGAUUCUAAUUGAAGUUAAUACAGGUCAUCGUAUACUUGUUUAUGAUAUUCAAUAAUAUAAAUUACUUUUUAUUACUGAUUUAGAUAAUCUGAAUCCUUGCUAUGGAUUUUCUUAUUUACCUACAAAACCAAAAUCUAAAAUAUGUUUGAUGUGUAAUGGAUAGGUAACUCUUUGGAACUUAGCAUCAAAUAAUGUUCAAGUUACAAAUAGAAUAACAUUAAAGAAUAUAAAACAUAUGGACACAAACAAAUCAUUAAAUUUAAUUAUUCUAAUAUUGGUUACAGGAGAUUUAUAUAUUUUGAAUUCAGAUGGAGAUCUUAUUUCUUAAUUAAAAGCUCCAGAUUAAGAAUUUACUGCAUCUACUAGUUAUGAAUAAUACUUAUAUUUAUCAACAAGGAGUGGUAAAAUAUUUAUAUAUGAAAUAUCAACCCUUAAAUUUGUAACAGAAAUUCAUGCUAAUGAUACUUGUUAUUGUAUAUAAUUAAAACACUCUAAUCAACUAUUGGUUUUCUCAUUAAAUGAUUCUAACCUAAUUACAAUGGAUAUCAAUAAAAGAAUAAUAUUAGAUUAGUAAAAUGGUCAUGGAGGAAGAAUCAAUUAAGUUUCUUGGGAUCCUAUACAAAGUAAUCAAUUUUAUUCCUGUUCAAAUGAUGGCUCUUUUGGAGUCUCUAACUCUCGUGGAGAUAAAUUCUCAAUGUAUAAAUAUUAUAUUGGGUAAUUUCAAACUAAAAUUAAAUGUUGUGCAAUUGACAAUUAUAGAGAUGAUAUCUAUUUAGGAGAUAAUAAAGGAUAAUUGUUUGUCUUCUCUUUAAUGGAUGUAUAAUUUCGAAGACAAAUUUCUUUAACUUAAAAUCUAGGAAUUAAGGAAAUGUAGUUUAGUCCAGCUUAUCAGUAUUUGGGAGUAGCAUUUAAAAAUGGAUUUACAAUUAUUUUAGAUUGUGAAAAUUAACUAAAGCCUGUAUUGAAGUUGGAAGAUAAACUUGAAAAUAUAUCAUAUGUUGGAAUCAAACUAUUUCAAUUAGAAUUUGACAUUGUUAAAGUUAACACUCAAGCAUAUUCAACAUCUUAUAUUCCAAGAAAUGACAAAUCAUUUAAUUCAUUAACUAUUUAUAAUCAUAAUUCUGUAAGGAGACAUCAAAUUGAUAAAGCUAAUUCUUAAUUAUCAGCUUUAGCUUUAAGUAUAUAUACAAUUGAAGGCACAAUAUUUGGAUUUGAUUUACAUCCUUCAAAAGAUUACAUUCUAAUUCUAUCGAAUUAUGGAUUUGUUUAUAUAUAUAAAAUAUAAAGUUCAGAAAAGAGAGCCAAAAUAACUGUACCUCCUUUUUCAAGACAUUUAAAAAUUGAUAAAUCUGGAUUAUACUUUGCUGUUGCUCAUUUACCAUUAGUUAAUGCAUCAGAAAAAUAAUUCAUAGAAAUACCUUCAAUUGAAUUCUUAACUAAAAAUGCUAAAAUAAAUAAAAAGAUGCUACCUACUAAUAUAAGAAUAUAUGAAUGUGGAACAGGUUAAGUGGCUGAAUAAAUUAAUAGAAUUUUCAGUAUAGUUUCAUUAGACUUUUCUAAUGAUGGAUAAUAUUUGUUAGUUGGAGGUAAAAAAGGAAAGAUUUCAUUGUGGGGAUUAAGCUAAGAUCUAGUUUAAAGUGCAGAAGAUGUUAUAAAAGAUAUGAAACUGAAUCCAUUUUUUUGGAGAGACUUUUAGAUUUAUAUUGAUGAUGAGGAGAUUUAAGAAUAAGACAUUUUAGAUUUAGAUUUAUUAGCUAAGAAAUUACCAAAUAAGCCAAUUGUAUAAAGUUAAAAAUAUCAACAGAUUGUUAAUCCACAUACAAUGUAUAUUAAUUUAGUAGUAUUAGAUUGUAAAAUCCAGGAAGUUCAAGUUCAAGAUAUGAAUUAUAUUGA